AUGGGUGACCUGUGGUUACUCUUUCUCCUUUCCCUAUCUGUAGUAGCUUUCCGUGAGGUCAAAGGCUGUCUGGAAUGUGACCCCAAAUUCACAGAAGAUAUUAAGACCUUGAUAGAAAAGCUGAUCCCCUCAGAAGUCCCUGGUCGAAACUUCCUUGUUCAACGGCAAAUUAAGGAGAUUAUCCAUACCAGCUCCACCGUCCCCCACAGGAACAAGAUGCUCCGGGUGUUGGAUGUCCACAAUGUUGUUAACUUGAGAAAAUGGCUGAAAACCGAAAUUGAGAAACUGGAAAAAGAAACAUGGAAAGGUGCCUUUAUCCUUCAAGGCAAGCUUCUUGAAGUCCGGCAGAACCUGGAGUCCAAAAUGAAGGAAUCAUUAAAGACAUUCUCUGAUGUUGCUUGUUCCGAAGAUUGCAUUGUGACUGAAGGUCCCGUUCUUGAUUGUUGGAGCUGUCUUCGUAUCACCACCCACUGCUUCAAAGGGGAGUAUUGUGGAGAUGAAUCAAGGAAGGCUGAGAAUCGAGAGAUCACACUAUUUCUGAUAUUGCUGGCAGAAGCGGUAGUGUUUGGAAGCUCUUUGUUACUAUUCUAUGUGUGUGUAUCUCAUCGGAGGAAGAUGAAGGAAAUACGAAAAUCACUGAACUCAUAUUUAGAGAAGAAGCUUGAAGAACUAAUGGGGAUGGUAGAGGAGAAGAAAAGGAAAGACAGCAGGACCCGAAAAUAA